UUAAGAAGGCAAAAGAAAAGCAAGUUCUUAUUAUAAAUAUUAUCAGUAAUGAAAAUUUAAACUUACAUUAUGAGUUUGAUUAGGAUGAUAUUAAUCAUGUCCACACUUGGUAAUUUACCAGUUUACUUUAUGAAUGUAUUUAAGAUUCCUAUGUGUGGCUAAUGAAUUGGAGAAAUUUCAAUGUAGACAAGGAGGAUUAAAGAAAGCUUAGGGUGAUUAAAUGGGACAAUGGGACUAGAUCAAGAGAUUUUGGUGAGAUGGGUAUUGGAUCACUUAAAAAUUAUAAAUUACUCCUGCAAUAUAAAGAAAAGUUGUGUGUGAAAGAUACAAUGUGGAGCAAAAUUCAUGGCUGCCUAAGACAUUUAAUUCAAAGAAGGUAUCAAGGAUUGGUAUGAUAUUAUAUCAUUGGUAGGGGGUGAGACAAUAUUUAGUAAUAUGAUAAAAUAGAGAUUUAAAUUAAUAGUUGGUGCUGGGACAAAUUCUGAAAUGGGUAAGCAAUUUGUCAUUAAAAGCAGCUUAGCCUAGUCAUUACAAAAAAAGAAAAGAAAAGAAAAACAAAAGGUGGUUGUAUCUAAUAUUGUGGCCAUUAAAGGAGAGAGAGCAUUGGAUAGAAGUCAAGUAAUAAUAGAGAACUUUAUCCCUGGGAAAAAGAAGAGGAGAAAUUAUAAGAUCAUUGGAUACCUUUAAGGGCAACAAUCAAACUCAUGAUAGAAUAAUGUCAUGGAGUUAUGCAAAUGAUGAUUUAUUUUCUGUAGCCUCCAUGAGUAGAUUAUAUUAUUUGGUUAUGAGUUCCAAGUUUUCUGUUGGUUCACAAUGCAAAAAAUAUAUAUAAUCACCACUUGCGAUCUAUUAGUAAGGAGGAAGAUAGUGUCACCUGGAAUUGAUGAUAAUUGUUGCUUCUAUAAACUGCUCUAGUCAGUCCAUAGAUUAUGUGUUGCUAAGAUCUAAUGUAGUGUGUUAAGAGUGUUAGGACAAGAAGAUACCUUGGAUAACCUCAUUACCAAAAAAAAGAAAUGAUUAGUUCACAAAAGAUAAACUCUAGUAAAAAGUUUAAUGUUCCAUCAAACUACUAAAAUUGAUAUUACAGAAAACAUUUUUUUUUUUUUUUUUUGGGUAAGUAAGUUAUAAAUUAAGACAAAAGAAUGUACAGAUAUACAAGAGGCAUUCAUCAGGAAAACCCAACAAACUAAAAACAACAAAAACAGCCACACCUCAACAAAACUAGAACAAAAAUGAACAGCUCGACCAACACACUAAACUACAGAACUACAAAAACAGGAAAACAUCAAAAAAACCAAAACCAUGAACCAACAACAUCCUGAGCUAUCAAUAUGACAAAAAAGAUUUCAACAGCACAUCAUGCCAAACGCAGUGACACUUAGCACCCAGCAGCUCUACAGUAGGCUAGCAUAGCAGUACUAAUAUAGCAGUAGGCAAAACCAGCACACUAGAACAAAUGCAGCACAGCAAACAGGACAAAAAUAUAGGGGAGGGGACAACAAACAACACAGCAAAUAGGCUAAAUAAACCAGCCACUGCUCACCCAGAAAUAUGAACACAUUGCACAGGAAAGAUUUGUUCAAACACCAUAUACCAAGACUAUAGAGGGAUUGAACAAAACAGGUGCAGCAUGAACAAACUUCUCAGUCAAACAGAGACCGCAACAGGAACAAAGCAACAGCAAAUAUGAGAUAGACAGACAGAGAACAACAGACAAACAAUUCAAAAAAUCUCAACUUUCAAACAACUCUCAACACUACAAGCAGUAUAUGGACUAGAUUCACUCAACACUCAACAACGAUUUCCCUCACAUAAGUGCCAGCUUGACAAUCUGCAUAAAAAAAGUUAGAAAAAUUUGGCUUACAGCACUCAUUCCUCAGAAGAAGAGAACCUACGUAUAGAUCCUCACCAAUGUAACAACCCGAAAAUUUAAGCUAUCCCUUAAAUUUUAUAUUCGUAUUAUUUAAUUAUAAAUGAGAAAAACCUUAAAUUUUUAAUUAAAUAUUUUGUAAGAGUAAAACAAAAUAAAGUGUAAUUUAUUUACAUCAAGGUCAUUGUAUAGAAAAGAAAAAAGAAAAAAAACUAAUAAUGCAAUUACUUAAACUUAUCCAUUUGAGGGAUAAACUUCAAUUUAGAGCACAAUGAUGGCAAGGCCACGUGGUGUGUCUACGUGUCCCAAAACUUGCUGAGCAAGUAGUACUCCCUAGUAUAAAAGGAAGAGGGGUGCUCUGAAUAGAAAAGGAAAACAAACUAAGAAAGGGGAAAAAAUACUAGAAAUCAAGAAGGUCUUUCAUAGUGGAAAGCAAGAGUGAGGAAUCACUAUUAAGCUUAUUUGCUGAGAGAGGGAGAAUCAUGAUGUCGAUCCAAAUGCGCCGCCAAGACUCUUCGGGCAAGUUAGACAUGCAAUUGAUCGGGAAUUUUUUGAGCUUUGCAUCGAGAGGGGACAGAGUUGGACUGAAUCAGAUGUUGAGAGAAGGUAUAUGUCCCAAUGUGCAGGACUACGAUCAGCGAACUGCUCUUCAUCUCGCCGCAAGCGAGGGACACGCAUCCAUUGUCGAGCUUCUUUUGCAAUACAAGGCCGAUGUUAACCUCAAAGAUCGCUGGCAGCGAACUCCACUAACAGAUGCAAGGCUCUAUGGACAUCGAGAUAUAUGCAGAAUCUUGGAAGUCAAUGGAGGGAAGGAUUUGAUGGAUAAUAAGCGGAUGACAGUUCGUAAUGAAGAAGAUUCAAAUGAAGUGAACAUUGAUAUAUCUGAGUUGAAUUUGCAGCAAUCCUCAAUGAUCAAACAGGGUGCAUUUGGCGCGUCUGAAAAGGUCAAGUGGCGUGGAACAUGGGUUGUCAAAACAAUAAUCAAACGACACAUAUACCAUCCUGUAAAAAUGGUGCUGUCUGCUACAGAUAAUACUCUUUUAAGGGAGCUUCGACAUCCAAAUAUUUUGCAGUUUCUUGGUUCAAUUGUGCAAGGUGAAGAGAUGAUCCUCAUUACAGAGUAUUUGUCAAAAGGGAACUUGGAUGAUAUUUUGACCAAAAAAACUCGCCUUGACCUGCCAACUGCUCUGCGCUAUGCACUUGACAUUGCUAGGGGAAUGAAUUACCUUCAUCAGCAUAAGCCCUUUCCCAUAGUUCACAAUCACCUGGAUCCCAGAAACUUGUUGCAUGAUGAAGGUGGCCACUUAAAGAUUGGUGAAUACUGGGUCCAAAUGCUGUAUGAGCGGAUACACCCAAAUCAAGAGAGUCGCCAAAGAAAUAACAGUUCACCAAAUGACACAAACAAGGAUAUCCGUUCAUUUGGAUUCAUAUUUCAUCAGAUGCUAGAAGGAAGGCACUUUACCAAUGAGAACUUUGACUUCAUUCAUCUGAUGUCCAUUGAUUUUGAACCAAAGUUCAGUGUGAGUCGGUGUCCUGGAAGAAUCCAACAGUUGAUAGAGGAUUGCUGUAGCAAAGACCCUUCUGAAAGGCGUUCAUUCGAUAAUGUCAUAGAAAUCCUAGAGGAAGUUUGUUUAGGAAAAGGCCGUUGCCCCGUUUGUUGAGCAUUUUCUCCGCUGUAGAUAAAUAAGAAAACAACCGAAUAUGAAAAGAUGAUUGAAUCUUUCAAUGGUGUGCUCAACAGUCCUCUCAAUAAACUUCAGGUGGUGAUAUUGUUUAUAAUGCUUCUUGUAUAAAGGAAAAUACUUUUGCUAGAUCUUCUCAACCUUUUGUGAAAAUCUGACAAUGUCUUUCACCUUGUAUUAGUAAUCUGGCUACUAUGAAUUUCCCUCUCUCUUGGAGAAAAAAAUGGACUGUAAUUUAUGAUCUUGAUCUCUUAA